AUGUCCACUUUGUCAGCGCGAAUCGCAUUGCCGAGUUCGUCACUCGACACUCGGUCGAUUAUUCCAGCGAAAUUUACUAGUAAGAGGACAUACGUGACAGGACGAGACCAUACGGCCGGACGUACCAGCCUGAUAUCGCCCAGCUGGACGACGAACAACACGCACCACCGCGGUGCCUUGAGAACGGUCGUCUCCAAGGCAGAAAGCUCAAACAAGGGCUCGCAGCGGUCGAGCAUCUUGAACAAGCUCGACAACAGCAGGACCGGCGAGAUGACCAGCAGGACGGAUUCCGGUUCCGAUUACAGCCGGUCAGGCGUCGUCCCCGGCUCAUCGACUGGAGCGCCCGCCGCACCGUCGACAGCGGCGUCGAGCAACUACAACAAGAACAUCGCACAGCAGUACAAUCCUGCGACGGGGACGGGGUACAACCCAGGCCAGCAGCAGCAGCAAGGGUCGUCCAGCACGGCUGGUGGGAACGGCAACGCUACGACUGGCACCACCGGAGGGGGGUUUGGGCGUCGCAUGGAGCGUGUUCUGGCAGGGAUUCACGGCGCCGGUGAAUCACUCCGCGGCACCGUCGGCGUCGCCAUUGACCGCGCGUUCGGCGACACGAAGGGCGUGGAGAAGAACGAGGCCAUUGCUAAGGAAGGGGAGUACGAGGUGCAGUCGGGCAACAUUGCGUCGUCGACCAAGGCGAGGGAGGGGAUUAAGCCUAAUAAUAGCAUCUGCUCUCGAAGGCUGUCUUAUGAAAAUCAUCUAUGUAUGACCAAGAGCAUACAUAGAUCUACCUACCUAUCUGGCCGAGUCUGGGGGUCCACUUUUUGGAACCCGUGGAUCUCUCAGUACUGUACAGAGGCAGGGAGUGAGAUGGUGGAUAACCCGACAAAGAGGCCUCUUGCCAAUCAAUACAGAAUGAAUUUACAUGACGAUGGGCGGGUGAAAGUGAUAAGCGAGAUGGGACGUGACGAAUUUCAUGUGAUUAAUGGUCCAUGGACGAGAGACAGAUAG